AGAGCUCCACAGCACUAGUAGUCUGAAAAUAAGGGGCGCCUGGUAUAAUUGCCUGCUAGCGUUGCCAGCUAUUAGCAUUCCCUGCCAGGCAGCACUUCCUACAGGUAUCGCGUUGCCUUGCUAGCAUUCCCUGCGACGCAAGCCCUUUCCAUCGUGCUUUUCGGCGGGCCUCCCUAGUGGGUGCCGCUGUUGCCUCCGGCCUCGCAAAAGAACGUACUUCAACGAGUGCGAACUCGCAGAGCUGAGAGAACUCCUUCUAAAGAGAGAAAAGGUAGACUUAUUUAUUUAUUUUUUUAAAUCUUAAAAGGGAUAGAAAAAAGCCUCUUUUGAAGGCACGGUGACGGCCCGAGCGGAGCGAUGUGACUACAAUCCAACAGCAACUCCGAGUUGAGAAAGUACUAGCUUUACACUGCCGCCGCGACGCUGCCGCAGGGAUCCAUUCAGAGGGAGCUCAACGCGACUGUGGUCUGACGGUGACCUCAUACAGUCUGCUGCCAGAGCAGAUAUGGCCGCGGCACGCUCCGCCGCCGCAGUGAUGUUCUUCGGGUGGGAUAGACGUCCCAACAACGCGCCGUUCGAGGCAUCAGCUCGCUCUGCCAUGGCCACUGGCACUGUCACCGUGUCAGCCAUUGGCAGUCGACUGCAGCCGCCGUGCAUCCUUCACGGAGGGACCGCACCCAGCAUUGGCUGCGGCGGCGGACUCGGCUCGAUCAGCAUCGGCGGCUCGCUCCGCCACCUUUACCGGAGCAGGAUCCCGGGAAAUGCAAGCAGUGUUGCUACUACUACCAUUAAUCCUAAACGCCGACUGCGCGUUUCCGCAGACGCUCAAGCGGCGGCUAGUAGAGUGGCGAACCUAACGGAAGCAACGGAUGCGGCAGAGACUGCGAGUAGAAACGACGCUGACGCCGCCGCGACGGCAGACGCGGCGUCAGAGGCUCCCGAAAGUGUUCAUGCUAGUGCUGGUGCUAGUAGUAGUAGUAUUCUGGUGGGGGGGCUGGGCGGGCGGACGUGGGAGGAGAAGGCGCAGCACGCGCGCACGCUGUUGGCGGGGCUGCUAGCGCUCUCCCGCCCGCACAACUUCCUGCCCUCCGUGCUGCUGGUCGUGCUCGGCGCGUUCCUCGCCUCAUCCAGCGCCGGAAUGAUCCCUGAUAUCACCACUGCCACUGCUACAGCUGCCGCCGCCACCAGCGCUGCUACAACCGCUGCUGCAGCCACUGCCGCUGCCGCCGCCGCGACACCCGCCCUCCCCGCCCUGCCUGCGCUUCCGCCGUGGCUCUCUCCGCGGGUGCUGCUGGUGGCGGCGCUAUCCGGAAGCAUCGCGCUGGCGUCCAUGAUCGCCAACGACGUGUUCGACUGGCAGAUCGGGUCGGACCGAGUCAACUCGCCCUCCAAGCCGCUCGUGUCGGGCGCCGUGCAUCCCCACGACGCGGAGCUAGCAGCGGGCUGCCUCUACUCGCUCAUAGUCCUCGCCGCAUGUCAGCUGGAGCCUGCGCCGCUGCGCAUGCUCGUGGCGGGGGCCGCAGUGGCCACGUACGUCUACACCCCGUUCCUCAAGAGAAUCACUCUCGUUAAGAACGUUGUGGUCGCGGGGAUUAUCGCAUCGUCGCUGCUUGCUGGCGCGCUGGCUGCUGGUGCCUCCCGCCCCGCCCUCUACCGCACGUCUGGCGCCUUCCUGUUCCUCUUCCAGGCGCUGGUGUACCGAGAGGUGCUCAUGGACGUGGCCGACGUCACUGGUGACGCCAGCGCUGGCGUGCCGACGCUGGCUGUGCGGCUGGGGAAGCAGCGGGCGGUGCUGGUGGCGUGUGGCAUGCUGGUCAUGGCUCAUGCUGCAGGGGCUUUCCUGGCAAGGCAUUCUCCAGCCCUCGUUGUCGUCGCAUCCAUCUGUCUGCUCCCACUCUACACACUCACUCUCCCAUUCCUCUCAAACCACCAGCUGUCGAAACACUCCGUGCAUUCCUCCUUUUCUCACAAGCAUCCACAUACAAGCAACACACCUGUGGAAACACGCUCACCUCUCAAUCCGAGAGAGCUCCGCAUUGAGCAGCCGCUAAUGUCCCCCAUAUCAACCGAGACAACCGGUUCGUCCGGUGUCGAAAUCCACGGAGGUGUUUUCAGUGCACAGGGUGAGAUGGAGGAGGUUGAGUUGAGGAAAGGGCUGGAAGAUGCCAAAGAACAAAAGCAGCUUAGUCAUGUGAUUGACAUAUCUAUGGUCUUCAUUGGUGCUGCUCUCCUUGCCUUUUCAGCUGCUACACUAGGGUUUGUGCCAAUUGUUGCUUGAUUGCCACAGUUCUUGUCAUGUAUAUAUUUAUUUUGUGCAAACCGACUAA